GCUGCAGCCUGAAUGUUUGUGUGAGCGAGCAGAGUUGUCCCACACAGACGAGGUGAAUGUACAGCAUCAUGAUGGAGACGGACUUACAUUCCCCCGUGGUGCCCCAGACCAACCCAUCCAACACGGGGGGACACGCGGGAGGAGGAGGCGGGGGGCCUGGCGCAAAGGUCCCCCAGGACAGGAUCAAGAGACCCAUGAACGCCUUCAUGGUGUGGUCCCGGGGCCAGCGCAGGAAAAUGGCUCAGGAGAACCCCAAAAUGCACAACUCGGAGAUCAGCAAGCGGCUGGGCGCGGAGUGGAAGGUGAUGACCGAGGCGGAGAAGAGACCGUUCAUCGACGAGGCGAAGCGGCUCCGGGCCAUGCACAUGAAGGAGCACCCGGACUACAAGUACCGGCCGCGGAGGAAGACCAAGACGCUCCUGAAGAAGGACAAGUAUUCUCUGGCCGGUGGGCUCCUCGGCUCACCCGCGGGUGUCGGAAUGGGCGGCGGGCAGCGGCUGGAGAGCCCGGGAGGGGGCCAUGUAGGCGCAAACGCGAGUUACGCCACGCACGUGAACGGCUGGGCAAACGGCACCUAUUCGGGCCAGGUGGCGGCUGCAGCGGCGGCGGCGCACGCGAUGAUGCAGGAGGCGCAGCUGGCGUACACGCAACACCCGGGCACCGGAGCUCACCCGCACCACCCGCACCACCACCCGCACCACCAUCCGCACAACCCGCAGCCCGUGCACAGGUAUGACAUGAGCGCUUUAUCGUACAGCCCGAUCUCAAACUCUCAGAGCUACAUGAGCGCCUCUCCGCCGGGAUACGGCGGCAUCACCGGCUACACGCACCAGCACCAAAGCUCCGGUGUGUCCCCGGUGUCCGGGGCCAUCGGAGGCACUUUGGGGUCCCUGGUGAAAUCUGAGCCGAGUGUGAGCCCUCCGGUGUCCACCGCACGCGCGCCGCCGCCGUGCCCCACGGGGGACCUGCGGGACAUGAUCAGCAUGUAUCUGCCGACCGGAGAGGCGGCGGGAGACUCCCCGGUUCACAGCAGACUGCACGUGCUCCACCCGCAGCACUACCAGAGCAGCGGCUCCGCUCCGGUAAACGGGACGGUUCCGCUGACUCAUAUUUAA